AUGGGGAGCAGGUCCAGUAUCACUAUGGGCUGAAGGAUCUGGUCACCAUCCUCUUCUACAUCUUCAUUGCCAUCAUCCUGCACGCAGUGGUGCAGGAGUACGCCCUGGACAAAAUCAACAGGCGUCUGCAUCUCUCCAAGGUCAAACACAGCAAAUUCAAUGAGUCUGGACAGCUGGUUGCCUUCCAUCUCACCUCCAUGAUCUGGUGCUUGUACGUCGUGGUGACGGAAGGAUACGUGUCCAACCCCCGGAGCCUGUGGGAGAACUACCCUCACGUCUAUCUCCCGUUCCAGGUGAAGUUUUUCUACCUGUGCCAGCUGGCCUACUGGCUGCACGCCCUGCCAGAACUCUACUUCCAAAAAGUCCGCAAGGAGGAGGUCCCCCGGCAGCUGCGGUGCAUCGCGCUCUACCUGCUGCACAUCGCCGCCGCCUACCUGCUCAA